AUGAAAACGCUGCUUAAUGCUCUGCUGCCACUUUUGUUUAUAACUGUGGAAAGUGCGGGAAGCUCUUGCCAAAAUGCCCAAACGGAUGGCAUCUACAACAUAAGCCUGAGCAGCGGUAGAGUCAUCUCGGCAUACUGUGAUGUUUCGCUCAAAGGAUCACCUUGGCUGGUGAUACAAAGACGUGUUAGCGUCGACGUCAACUUCCAUAGAAACAGGUCCUCUUAUCAGCGCGGCUUUGGCGACUUGGACGGCAGUUUCUGGAUAGGUCUCAGUCACUUGCAUGAGAUUACGAGCGAGAAACGUCACGAGCUCUAUGUUUAUCUGAAGGAUUUCGAUGGCGAGCAACGCUUUGCCAGAUACGAUGAGUUUGCUAUUGGCAACGAGGCCAACUUGUAUGGUCUGAAUAAGCUGAGAAAAUAUUCAGGCAGUGCUGGAGAUUCUCUUGAUUGGCAUCGCAGCAUGAAGUUUAGCACCUACGACAGAGAUCAUGAUACAAAUUCAACACAUAACUGUGCUUCACUCUUCACAGGAGCUCGGUGGCACAACAAUUGCUAUAUGAGCAAUCUGAAUGGACUUUAUUUGAGUGGUGAAUAUGGUAUGGAUCAGCUGGCACGUGGAUGUACCUGGCAUACAUGGAGAGGUCUGAACUAUGCCUACAAAACUGUGCAAAUGAUGAUACGACUAAUCUGA